CCAGGCCAGCCCAGUCCCAGCACCCCCCAGGAGGGGCAGGAACUCACAUCCCGGCCGUCCUGGUGGAGUUUCCGACACAGGAAAAGGCAGCGGCGCCGAGCGGGGCGGUGGGGGUGGCCGUGCUGGGAGGCAGCGCCGCAGCCCCGCCAUGGACAGCGAGGCCAAGAAGGGGAAGAAGGGCUUUGUGUCGCCCAUCAAGAGGCUGGUUUUCCCCAAGGCGGCUCGGCGGCCAGCGCUCCGCAGCAGCGUUUACCGGCGGCCGCUGCACUCGGUGCCUCUCUACCCCCCUGACUACCUGAUCGACCCUCAGAUCCUGCUGCAUGACUAUGUGGAGAAGGAGGCGAAGUUUUUAGGCCACCUGACAUGGGUGACAGCCUCCCUGAACCCCUCCAGCCGGGAUGAGGUGCUGCAGCUGCUGGACACAGCCAGGCAGCUGAAGGAGCUGCCUCUGCAGACGACGCCAGAGCAGGACAGCAUUCUCAGCCUCUCUGCCCGCUGCCUCCUGCUCACCUGGCGCGACAACGAGGAGCUGAUCCUGCGCAUCCCCACCCAUGAGAUUGCCGCAGCAUCCUACCUGCGUGACGAUGCCCUGCACCUCCUCAUCCUCAAAACUGGCCUGGGAGUGGACCCGGUCCCCGCCGGAGCGCACCCCGAGGUGGCCCCGGCCGGCGUGCUGGAGACGUUCCCCGCAGAGAAGCGGCCGGGGGGCUCUUGGCCGGAGGGGGGGCGGCUGGGGGGCCCGAUGGAGCGGCGGCACACCAUCUGCAGCCUGGACUGGCGGGCGGCGCGGGGCGGGCAGGAGGCCCGGCAGGGCGGCAGCCUGGAGCGGCGGCGGGGCGGCAGCUGGGAGCGGCGGCAGCGCGGGCGGCCCUCGGGCAGCUGGGAGCGGCGGCGGCCCGGCGGCGGGAGCUGGGAGCGGCGGCAGCCCGGCGGCGGAAGCUGGGAGCGGCGAAGGGCCGGUACCGGCGGCGGGAGCUGGGAACGCGGCACCGGCUUCGGGAGCUGGGAGCGGCGACACGCCGGCAGCAACCCCCUGGACCCGCAGGAGCCCUGUCCCGACGCCUACUGCAACCUCGUCAUCCUCGCUGUGCCCAACAGGGACGCCGCCGAGGAGUCCUGCGCCCUCAUCUGCCAGGUCUUCCAGAUCAUCUACGGGGACCAGAGCAUCGAGUGCGUGGACCGCGCCGGGUACCACUACACAUCCACGCCCACCCGGCCCUGGCUCUCCAGCAGGAGCGAGAGCUGCCGCACGGACGGGACAUACGGCUAUGACGCCGACUUCAGUUGCUGCAGCUCCUUCAACGGCUCCCAUGAGACCUUUGAAGCAUAUUACAGCGGUACCUCCUCGCCCUCCUUCCACCGGUCCCACCACAGCCUGGCCACCGCCGGCAGCGGCAGUGACCACAGCGGUGCAGGGCUGGAGCAGCUGCAGGACUACAUGGUGACGCUGCGCAGCAAGCUGUCACCACAGGAGAUCCAGCAGUUUGCCCUCCUGCUCCGUGAGUACCGGCUGGGCACACCGGUGCAGGAGUACUGCGGGGAGCUCCUGCGCCUCUACGGGGACCGCAGGAAGUUCCUGCUCCUGGGAAUGAGGCCCUUUAUCCCCGACCAAGACAUCGGGUACUUUGAGACCUUCCUGGAGAGCAUUGGCAUCCGGGAGGGCGGGAUUCUCACCGACAGCUUCGGCCGCAUCAAACGCAGCAUGAGCAACACGUCGGCCUCAGCCGUGCGCAGCUACGACAGCUGGUCCCUGCGCUCCGAGUCCGAAUCCUUCAAUCGCAUGAUCACAGACAUCACCCAUGACAUCGAGGCACUGGCACGGGAUGAAGAAGAAGAAGAGGAGGAGGAAGAGGACAACUACCUGUGAGGGAGUGCUGAAACCCAGCGGUCCCUUCCUCUCUUGCUGACACGAUGCUGCACCUCUAAGUGCAGACUUGCCAGGUGCCCAGCUCUGCCUCAGCGUAUGGGAAGAGGAUGUUGUCCCCUCCUUUGUCACUGCAGGAAGGGGCAGGGGCUCUGCACUGCCCUGGUAGCUCUUGAUAGGGCUGAAGCACCGCUGGGUGACUGUGGCUGUGGGGGAGCCCCUGGCCAGCAAUGGUAUGUGCUGUAAAUUCUGCAGAUGGCAAUUAAACGCUGGUGCCGGGAGAAGAGCAGGUUCCUCCCCAAGGAAAGGUCAUGCUGGGGUGGGGGUGCUGCUGAAGCUGGGGUGGGAGGACUGCUCACAGCCCUGCCAGGCACUGUGCCACUGCUGGGCUGGGAACCCUGCCCACCCCAGUGCCACAUACAGGUCGCUCUGGAAGUGGGAGAGCUCCCGGCUGUGCCGGGCUGGCCCUGAGGGACAUUCCUGGCAGUGUGGGACCCCGGGGAGCUCAGAGCAACGUGCAGGACCUCUGUGGUGAGACGGGGCGGCUGGUGGGCACAGCUGACGCGCUGCUGCCUGUGCUGCCAGCCUGAGUGCACGGGGGGAGCAGCAGAGAAGGCUGAUCCUGCCAGGGGAGCACCCGAGGGCCCCGUAGCCCCGGGGAUGCUCCGAGCAGGGGCUGCCGAUGCAGCGUCCCUCGUCCUGCUGCCGAGUGCUGGGAGCUGGGGGACGCUGAGACACAGGCCAUGCCGUGGCAGCUGUCCCCUGUCCCCGUGAGCGACGUCCCUGCGACACUCGGCCGGCUGCGGGUGUUUCACAAAAGGAAGUUCCUGCCCCAGGACUCGCUUCCUGCAGCGCUGCCCUCCCGCUCCGAGGGACAGACUGCGCUCCGCGAGGUGGCUGUCCCAUGGUCACUGUCCCCCGGUCAAUGUCCUCCAGCUACUGUCCCUCGACAGGGGCUGCAGGACAGCGCUGCAACCCCCAGGCUGGUGUGUGGGCAGGCGAAUGCCGGGGCUACUGGUAGCAAUUUAUUUAUUUAAUUAAAAAAAUUACGUAUGCAAAUCCUCAUGCAGGCGAGACGGGCUGCACAGCGGGGCUGCGGAAGCCACAGGUCGCUUUGCUGCUGCCGUCCCUGUCCCAAAUUCAGGGGUGUUCUGGAGAGCAAAGGCGGGAGCACAGUGGGGCUGGGAGGGGACGCGAGAGACCCUUUGGCACAGGAACACCAGGGCCAAGAGCGACACAGCAAAGCCCAUGGCCCUCCUGGGCCCCCGUGGCCUUUCACAACUGUGCCCUGCACCCCCCAUGCCCCGCACCCCGUCCAGGGGCAGCGCUCGGGGAUUUCCUCUUUUCAUCUCGCCCCGCGGCCACUCAGGGCUCGCCCCACCACCCCCAUCACCGCCCACGGCCCCGCACCGGGCGGGGAAACAGCCCCGGGGCCGCUCUGCGUCCCAAAAGCCCCCGGGGCUCGCGGGGGCAGCGGGUGAAAGGCCCUGGUACCCAUCGGGAGAGUGUAAAAGCCACCCUGAUGGCAUCGGGGUCCUCGCGGAGCCGCGCUGGGAUGUCCCUGCGGGCAGCACGGGUGUCCUUGUUGUUGCUGCCUUUGGUACACGGGGGUCCCGUUCAGUCGGGGAUGGUCCCGUU